UUGGACGCUGACUGCUUGUCAGGAAGAAAGAGCUGCUGUGUUGAGGCCGAAAACUCAGACACAACCAGGAUCUGGACGACAGUGGAAUACCUCUGAGGAAGGGAUAUAUACUGUACUGAACGCCCGAGCUUCAGAGGGGCACCGGCCGGGUCUCAGUGCUGCUGCUGUCGAGGCCGCCGCGGUUCUGUUUCUCCCCUCCGACUGUGUGUCGCUGCGUGCUGGUCACAGUAACCCAUACCCGCUGCUAUUAAUGAGACUGAAGCUGCUGUGUGGCGACGCAGCCACAAACCUGUCUGAGAUUUGAGUCCUUAUCCCGCCCGGAGGAAACAGAAGGGUCAGCUGUUGUAGCGGGUAACCGGGGCUAACAGCCGGGUGCCAGACCGGAUACCAUCCCGAUAAGGCUCAAACUACAUGGAACAAGUCGGCGGCGGACCACCGUCUCAUUUUGUGCAAGAACUGUUAUGACUGACCUAUAGACGCCAGUGUCUUUUCAAGCAGCACCGUGGGCUUUAUUACCGAGGGAUUUAUUUGAUUAAAGCUCAAUAAAAUCUCCCGUUUGAAGCCUUUCUGCAUCAGUGCCAUGAAUCAGCCUGGACAACAGCUGCUACCCACAUAGGGGUCACUUUACCUCUCUUUCCAUUUGCUUUGGUCCAGAGGAUGCUGGGAAUGUGUCGUGGGCGCAGGAAGUUCCUGGCGGCCUCCCUCGCCCUGCUUUUCAUCCCAGCACUCACCUGGCUUUACCUGUCAGUCGGCAGCUUUCAAGUGAAGCCCCUCCCCCUGUCUCCAUUGGAAACCCAGUCAUCCACGCCGGUGGGUGGAGCCGGCGAGCGCCAGGCAUUAGAGCUGCGGGUGCGGGCGGUGGAGGAGGAGAACCGGGCACUGCGCCGGGAGCUCAGCCGGCCACCCAGGAGUCCAUCAGCACGCCUUCCAAAUGGCGGUCACCGUGGCAACCAAAGCCGAACUCAUUCAGAGGAGGGCACUGGCGACAAUGAAGGCCAGAAAGCUGCUGCAGUGGGAAACAGCUCAGACUGUGUGCAGCAGCCAGUGGUGGAUAAGUGUGAGACCAUCCACGUGGCCAUUGUAUGUGCAGGGUACAACGCCAGUCGAGACGUGGUGACACUGGUUAAAUCAGUCCUUUUCCACAGGCGGAACCCCCUACAUUUCCAUUUCAUCACAGACUCCAUUGCUCAGCAAAUCCUAUCUUCCCUGUUCCAUACCUGGAUGGUUCCUGCCGUUCGGGUCGACUUCUAUGACGCAGAUGAACUGAAGUCUGAGGUGUCAUGGAUCCCCAACAAGCAUUACUCUGGAAUCUACGGUCUGAUGAAACUGGUGCUCACCAAGACACUUCCGUCCGAUCUGCAGAGAGUCAUCGUUCUGGACACAGACAUCACGUUUGCCACUGACAUCGCUGAACUGUGGGCUGUCUUCCACAAGUUCAAAGGUCAGCAGGUUCUGGGUCUGGUGGAGAACCAGAGUGACUGGUACCUGGGGAACCUGUGGAAGAACCAUCGGCCCUGGCCUGCGCUGGGCAGAGGUUUCAACACAGGAGUGAUUUUGCUUCUCUUGGAUCGGCUACGUAAGCUGAGAUGGGAGCAGAUGUGGAGGUUGACUGCAGAGAGGGAACUAAUGAGCAUGCUGUCUACCUCUCUGGCUGACCAGGAUAUCUUCAAUGCUGUGAUCAAACAGAACCCAUUCCUGGUUCACCAGCUGCCCUGCUUCUGGAACGUCCAGCUGUCCGACCACACCCGCUCUGAGAAGUGCUACAAAGACGUGUCAGACCUCAAGGUCAUCCACUGGAACUCUCCCAAGAAGCUACGAGUGAAGAACAAGCAUGUGGAGUUUUUCCGUAAUCUCUAUCUAACCUUUCUGGAGUAUGACGGCAACCUGCUGCGGCGAGAGCUGUUUGGCUGCCCCAGUGAGGCUGACCACAACAGCGAGAACCUCCAGAAGACUCUGUCUGAGCUGGACGAAGAUGAUCCAUGCUAUGAGUUUCGUCGAGAGCGAUUCACCGUCCACAGAACACAUCUCUAUUUCCUCCAUUAUGAGUACGAACCCAGCUCUGACAACACUGAUGUCACCUUAGUCGCCCAGCUCUCUAUGGACAGGCUCCAGAUGUUGGAGGCCAUCUGUAAGCACUGGGAAGGCCCCAUCAGCCUGGCCCUGUACCUGUCAGACGCUGAGGCCCAGCAGUUCCUUCGCUACGCUCAGGGCUCAGAGGUGCUGAUGAGCCGCGGGAACGUUGGCUAUCACAUCGUCUACAAAGAGGGACAGUUCUACCCGGUCAACCUUCUGCGAAAUGUAGCCAUGCGGCAGGUCAACACACCCUACAUGUUCCUGUCAGACAUCGACUUCCUGCCCAUGUACGGCCUCUACGAGUACCUCAGGAAGUCAGUGGUGCAGCUAGACAUGGCCAACACCAAGAAAGCUCUGGUGGUUCCAGCCUUUGAGACUCUGCGAUAUCGUCUGUCCUACCCAAAAUCUAAGGCUGAGCUGCUCUCUCAGCUGGACAUGGGCACACUCUUCACCUUCAGGUACCAUGUGUGGACUAAAGGCCAUGCACCAACUAACUUUGCCAAAUGGCGGACAGCCACCACGCCCUACAGGGUGCAGUGGGAGGCCGACUUCGAGCCCUAUGUCAUGGUGAGGAGGGACAGUCCUGAGUACGACCGCCGCUUUGUGGGCUUCGGCUGGAACAAGGUGGCUCACAUCAUGGAGCUGGAUGCACAGGAGUACGAGUUUGUGGUUCUGCCCAAUGCGUACAUGAUCCACAUGCCUCACGCGCCCAGCUUCGACAUCACCAAGUUCCGCUCCAACAAGCAGUACCGGGUCUGCCUCAAGACCCUGAAGGAGGAGUUCCAGCAGAACAUGUCGCGGCGCUACGGCUUCGCCGCCCUGAAAUACAUGACUGCCGAGAACAACAGCUAACCACCACUGCAGACCCUCACACCCCCAGCUCUGAACUACUGACACACUCCACGGGCUGGGGAGGGGGCAGCGCAGGAAACAGACAGCCCAUGUGGGGCCAUCAGGAUACUUUGAGACUUGAGUUUCUCAGACUUUGUUAGAACGUUUGACCCUCAAAAUGGAACUGCAGGGGUCUUUAUGUCCGUACUUUGACCUCUGCCAGGAUUUAAAAGCUGUGAAAGACCAUAUGAGUGACUGCUGGGCCUGAACCCCAGCUGUGUGUGCCCUGACAGACAAACAGGAGGCAAAGAAAGCAGACAUUCAAUGCCUUGCCAUAUUUGUAAGACCAGUGAUAAAGUUGUGGGCUAGGUGUAACAUUAUGUAUGUAUGCGUGUGUGUGAAUGUACUUUCAGGUAGAUGAAAAGUGUGACUGUGUGUGUGUUCCUCCAGGACGGCGCUUAGCAAAAAGCUUAAGGAGAGCUGAAGAUGUGAAGCAUUGUGGGCUUACACUCUGUUUGCACGCUGCAAAGACGAACGCCUUCCAAGUGCCAUGAAGUAACACAAAGCAGCCGCAGUUUGACAAACAGCAAACUCCGACUCAAAUGCAAAUCGUCACCAGGCGGCGAGAUAAGACAAAGCGGUGAACGUGUCCACACAGAUUUUGAAAAUCUCAUUGUGAUGAGUGACACACACUCAGAUAUUGAGGCGGCAGCCAGGCAGCCCAACAUCUGCUGUUGCUUAAUUUGUUUCAUAGCUGAUACAGAUCAGAAUAAAUCCUCCUCCUCGUAUGACAAGAGAAGUUAAGUGCAAGGAUGGCUGGAGGUCGUCCACACGGUUGAUAUUCAGGGUAUCUCCACAUCAGCCUGAGUGCGCCACUAGCAAUUCUUUCCACUGUUUUGUUACGACGACAGAAUCUGACAGCAUCUGGUGCAGUGUGUUGUUUUUUCUUUUUUGUAUGUGUGUGUGUGUAUUGUGCGGUCUGCACAACCACACACAAACUCAGACCCACUGGAAGUGAACCCCCCCCCCCCCCCCUCCUCCCUCCCAUACACUGUGCAGCAAAGCACCAAUCACUGAGCUCACUGUUUACUUUUCUUUCCAACAAUCCACAUUAUUUAUCAGUGUGUUUACAGCCCUGAUGGGUGGAGCCGCCGUAUCUCCCCGUGCACCGUCAGGAAGAUGUGAGGAGGACAGGAAGGAGAGUUUUAGCUCUGAAACAGCAUUUCUGUGAAAAUCACCCACUUACAGUCAGGAGAGUCUUUCUUUCUGUCACUCUCUCUCUCUCUCUCUCUCUUUCUUUCUCAUUCUGGCCUCUAGUUUCACAACAUUAUAGUGAUAUCACCUAAAAACACUGCAGCGGUGUGUGUGUUCUCCUGUUUGUGUCGCCACACACUGAUGCGGGUUUGUUAUGAAUAUUCUGCCUUCUCUCUUCAGCUGUUAUUAGUGUAGUAGCUCCUGUGACAAACAACAAAUCUCUUCCCCUAGACAGUCACUAUAAUAUACUGAUUCUAUAUGAUAAAGAUAUCAUCAGGAUGUAUGUUACUACAUGAUAAGAUACAUUAAAAAUGAUGUUGGAUAUAGCCAUGAGGUAUAAAUGCAAUACAGAUAAUAGAGAAAUAUCACUAAACUUACUGUAGGAAUAUGUUUAAAAAUGGCAGUGAUGUUAGAAAUUACAUUAAAAAAUGUACAAUACUGUAAGUCCUGACAGGGUUAUUACAGGAAUAUUAUACUGGUUAUAUAUGAUUGUUCCAUGCCAAUCAGGUUUGACUUGACUCCAGUCCAGAGGGUGUUAAUGCACCUGAAACCAUCUGCUGAGGUAGUUUGAACAACUGAAUUUAGUCUAUCGCCAAUGAUACAUUUAGACGUUUUUCUUCUUAUAUACUGUAGAUAGAUAGAUGUCAAAGAAAAAUUGAGUACUGCUUACAUUUUUAAUGUAGUGUCCUGCGGGUUUCAUGCCAGAGAAAAAUAAUCAAUGAAGAAAUUGCUAGGGCUGCAACUAACGAUUAUUUUCAUUAUCGAUUAA